AUGGACCUUCUAGUCGAGCUCGAGAGCCUAGCCAUCGCGGCCGAGAGCGAGUCCAACCCCGAGACCGCCCUCCUUACACCCACCGCAAUCCCCAGCCCCCCCAUCCAGCACCCCAUCACCGCUCGCGACAGGAACGCCACCUACCUCGUGAAACUCGAAGGGCCUCUAGACAGCCCUACCACAGUCCAACGGCUCUCCAGAUCCCCAACCGUCCCGACUCUCAAAGAAGGUAUCGGAGAAACAGGCCCCGCAAGAUUCUGCAGCAUCACCGGCGCCAUGAAGUUCGCCCUGCAGUCCUCGUCCUCCCUUUCCGUCACCGGCUUUACCCCAACCUUCAUCCGCGUAAACCUCUCUCCAAAACGCCUAUCAGGGUACAGCACGGCUCCCAGUCUAGGCGGUGAUGUCGACCCAACCCUUCCCCAGAACCGGGCCAUCGACGCGAACGAAGUUUUCCUGCCGAUGCAGGAUGAAUACCCUGUCUGGUACUUCUUCUACGGGACCCUGGCUGUGCCGGAGAUUUUGGCACGGACGUUGGGUCUCGAUGAUAUGCCAGUGUUGACUCGAGCCAGGACAAAAGGGGGCGUUAUUAGGAGCUGGGGCUGCAAGUAUACGGCGCUGGUUGAUGGGCCGGCGUCUGCGGUUGUCGAUGGGUGGGCGUUUAGGGUUGAUUCGGAGGAGGUGGAGGAGGCGUUGCGGGCCUAUGAGACCGAUUAUUAUGAGGUGGUCCGGUGUGAAAUCUGCUUGGUGGAUGGCGGGGAGGUGGUGAAGGGGCUGGUGUUUAGGUUUGUGGGGGAUGUGGAUUGA